CGCACAAGUCGGUUUAUAGCACUACCUAUGGCAGCAUUAGCUCAGUCCUUCGCAGACAAACUCUCUGAUCUUUGGGGGCUAUCUUAUCUCUCCCUUGCCAUUUCACUCGUUGUUGCAGCAUACGUGGCACGAACCAUCCAGUAUGCACUCUUCUCUCCCCUUGCUCGUAUCCCUGGUCCGUUUAUAAACAAGUUCACCAACCUGCCUUUUGUUUACCAUCUGUUUACUGGUCAGAUACAUAGCUACUCUUGCAAGCUGCACGAUCAAUAUGGCGAGGUAGUUCGCAUUGGAAUUAACCAGGUGUCUCUUUCCAACCCAUCAGACACACGCCUAGUACUUGCAACACACGCAUUCCCAAAAUCACCGCUCUACGAAAAGGGCAAGGUCAUCGACAUCAACAUGUUCAGCACCGCAGAUCCAGAGCUUAACAAAACCAGGCGUCGUCAGCUGGGAGGGGCCUUCUCAAUGGCUAGUCUGAGAGAUAUCGAGGAUGUAACCAUGGAAGUGGGUGUGAAAUCACUCAUGAGAGCUUGGGACGCCGCCAUCGAGCGCAAUGGGAAAACGGCCUGCAUUAACUACUUCUACAUGUUCCACUACAUGACGUUUGAUACAAUCGGCCUACUGGCAUUUGGACGUUCGUUCGAUAUCUUGGAGACUGGCAACACAGAGGUUAUUGACUGGUUCAAAGACAUAUUUCGAUUCAAAAACGCUGUCCGCAUAUUCCCCAUCGUCCGACACAUUCCGUGGCUAUAUCCCAAACUGAAGAGGUCACGAUACAAUCUGAUCUGCAUCAUCCGCAAUGCGGUAGCAGCACGCAGGCAACUGGUAUCUGAGACUGGCAUCCCACCACGUAUUGACAUCAUGCAAAAGUUUAUAGAUGCAGUCGAUCCUGCUACUGGUGACAAGCUUACAGAGACACAGCUCUUGUCGGAGCUUAUAACCAUGCUUGUUGCCGGUACCGACACUACUGCCACAACUCUAUCCUGGACCAUCAUGCACAUGCUCAAUAACCCGCAUGUGUAUCGGCGGGUGACCGAUGAGGUCCGCUCCCAAUUCCCUGACACAGCCAAGCCAAUUCUGUUUGGAGAGGCCAAGUCCAAGCUACCUUACCUUUCAGCUGUUUUGCAAGAGUCGAUGCGUCUGACGUCGGUUUCAUCGGGACUAAUACCACGUACUCUGCCUCGUGAUGGCGCUACGAUACAAGGAUACUUCAUGCCACAUGGUACGCAUAUCGCACUCACGUUUGCAGCAUGUCACCACAACACCAGCGUGUGGAAGCAUCCAGGUACGUUUGAUCCAGAGCGCUUCCUAGGAAAGGAUGCUGACGAGAAUGCAAAGAGUGUUCUUACGUUUAGCACUGGUGUACGCAUAUGUGCUGGAAGGAAUCUUGCCCUGGUUGAGAUGUACACGACUCUGGCAAACAUUCUACGUCGCUACAACAUAUCUCUACCCAGCGAUUCCCCGUAUGGCCCACACAGAAAGGACGAGCGUGGAGCGCCGAUUACAAUCCCAGGCAAAUCCGAUGGCGUAUAUGGGCCAGAGAAUCCUAAGGUUAACUGUUUAAUUAACAUUUCGUUGGCUUAAGAAGUGGAGUUAGCCUACAAGCACAAUUUCAGCCUUAAGAUAUAUUCAACUUGUCAACAAACAGACAAAUGCGUUUAUCGGUGUUGACAUUCGGGCAACUCUAUGCCCUCCGUCACCAUGUGCAGAUCCAAAUCCCCACCUGUAUAAACUUUGUGGGCCGGAACGGCCCCAUCCUCCUUUUUCUCCUCAG